CAAACAAUCAAAACGAAAUUUCCAGCACACUGAGACAGCCCCGCUUCUUCAUCCCCGCAGCGCUCCCGCUUUAAAUUCUCUUUCCUCUUCUUUCUUUCUUUCUCAAAAUCCUCAGAGCCAGAGAGAGAGAGAGAGAGAGCGGGAGAGAGAUGGGGCUAGAGAUUGUGGAGCCAAACACGUGCGUAAGAGGUUGCUGUGCAAGCAAAUCGAUCCCUCUGCAUCUCCCACCUUCCUCUUAUACUCUCCUCUCCCCAAUUGCGCGCGGGGCAGAGAGUGUUGUAUAUCAAGCAACUUUGUACGGUAAAAAGGUUGCUGUAAAGAAACCCAUCUUGUCUACUUCUGAAGACAUUGACAGAUUCCAUACAGAGCUCCAAUUGUUAUGUAAGGUGGAGAAUCCGGGAAUAGUGAAACUGGUUGCAGCGCAUGCGAGGCCACCCAAUUAUAUGUUCUUCUUUGAAUUCUAUGAAUCUCCGAAUCUCGCGGACAAAAUACACAGGGAAGAAUGGAUUCCGGAUAUUUAUCAAGUGCUCAUGAUCACAGUUCGGUUAGCAAAGGCUUUGCAGUAUCUGCAUAACCUCGGGAUCGUACAUAGGGAUGUGAAACCAGCAAAUAUUCUUCUCGACAAAAACCUUUACCCACACCUAGCAGAUUUUGGUUUGGCAGAAUACAAAAAAGAUCUGAAAGGAAUUUCUGUUGAGAACUGGAGAUCAACUGGCAAGCCGACCGGUGGUUUUCACAAAAAAAUAAUGGUUGGGACACUCAUAUAUAUGGCACCUGAAAUCUUAAAGAAGGAGACCCAGACAGAAAAAUCAGAUGUCUACAGUUUUGGGGUAUCAAUCAAUGAGCUUCUUACUGGUGUUGUCCCAUAUACUGAUCUUCGUGCAGAAGCUCAGGCCCACACAGUGCUAGAGAUGAACUAUACUGAGCAGCAACUUACGGCAGCUGUGGUUUCUGGUGGAUUGAGACCAGUCCUUGCAGGUCUGGAGUUGGGUGCUCCAUCAAGUCUGUUGUCACUGAUACAGAGGUGUUGGGAUGCAAGUCCACAGAAUAGACCUUCCUUUGAUGAAAUAGUUGAGGAACUUGAUUCAGUUUUAGAACACACAGAGACAGCAAAAGUCGAGGAUGUGACCCUUGGUGAACCUCCUAGUUCUCAUGAUGAUCAGCUAAUGGAUGACACCAAAAACCUUCAACCUUACUUAGAGAGUAUUAACUGGUCCACUCAGGGAGAACAUUUCUCCAGGAGGGUUUCUUGUACAGCUGAUUCUACUUUCAGAAUGUGGCGUGAUUCCUCAUAUGAUCAUCUGGCAUACCAUCCUGUACUUUCUUGGGGAUCCUUUGCUACAUGUGGCAGACGAGAGACUAUGGAGGAUACCCAUUUCCUUAUGCCCCAUAUGUGCAAUGAAAAGGAUAUCCAUGUGUUUGGUAUCUGCGAUGGUCAUAGAGGUGCAGCAGCUGCUGAGUUUUCUGCUCGAGCAUUUCCAGGAUUCUUGCAAAGUUUUGGUUCCACCAGCAGUCCUUCAAACGCAUUAUUGGGAGCAUUUGUUGAGACUGAUGUUGCAUUUAGAAAGGAGCUGGAUUCUUAUCGUAAAUCCAAGAGAGUCAUUCAAAAAGACUGGCAUCCUGGUUGCACUGCGGUUGCUGCUCUCAUAGUUGGAAAUAAGCUUUUUCUAGCUAAUGCUGGUGAUUGCAGGGCAGUAUUAUGUCGGGCUGGUCACCCCUUUGUUCUAACUAAUGAUCAUGUUGCUAGCUGUCUUGAGGAGAGAGAGCGUGUUGUUAGUGCUGGCGGAGAAGUUAAAUGGCAAGUUGAUACGUGGAGGGUUGGUCCUGCUGCUCUCCAGGUCACUCGCUCCAUUGGUGACGAUGAUCUGAAGCCUGCUGUAACUGCAGAACCUGAGAUAAUUGAAACUAAUUUGUCUGGAGAGGAUGAAUUCCUGAUAAUGGGCAGCGAUGGGCUGUGGGACGUUGUGAGCAACACAGAUGUUAUAAGCAUAAUUAGGGACACCGUAAAAGAGCCUGGAAUGUGCGCCAAACGGUUGGCAACGGAGGCUGCAGAGCGAGGCAGCAAAGACAACAUCACUGUAAUUGUUGUCUUCCUGCGUCCGGUAUCUACUGCAGAGAGGAUCUACUAAAUUUCCUACUACUGAAUUUGCAUUAAGCAUUGGGUCGUUUACAAUCAUUUUGUAAACCAUUAUUUCUCAUUUUUUUAAGAUGCAAUUUAUUAGGGAAAAUAUUAUGCUUCACUUGAUUUCGAAUUUUACAUCCCAAUUUUCAAUUUGCAAAUUUAAGAUUUGUGUUUACAAUCA